UAUCUCUGAUAUGGUCCGCAGUCAAAAAUGGCGGAAGAUUUAAGUCGGUCGUCGUAAGAGUGUAAGUAGCGAUAUGUUCUCUUAACAGGUCAGCCAUAUAAAUGAAGAAAUCGAAAUUACAGUCCAAGAGGACUACUUGUACUCCCGAUCCUCAAUUAAUUGGUGAAGUGCAAAGCGUGCUGCGAGGGAGAAUUUUUCGUGGAGACGUUCCUGCGGAACUCCAUGGUUUGGACGAGCAGAAGAGAGAGUUGCUGGAUCUUAUCAAAAGAUGUGCGCAAUAUGGAGAAAGCAAUUCUGUGUUGUUAAUUGGUCCUAGAGGAAGUGGAAAGUCCCUGCUGGUUAAAACUAUUCUUGAAGAAUUAUCUAAAACAAAAGGAGUGAGGCAAAACAUGUUGGAAGUGAAUUUAAAUGGUCUGGCUCAAACAGACGACCGGUCAGCCUUAUUAGAAAUAACAAGACAACUUCAGCUGGAAAACACAGUAGGAGACAAAGUAUUUGGCUCUUUUGCUGAAAACCUUGCCUUUUUACUUGAUUCCCUCAAGAGUGGUGGACAGGAAAGUCAGUCAAUCCUGUUUAUUCUGGAUGAGUUUGAUCUGUUUACAAACCACAAGAACCAGUCGUUGUUGUACAAUUUAUUUGAUGUGUCACAGUCAGCCCAGACACCACUAUGUGUUAUUGGACUCACUUGCAGGCUGGAUGUUGUAGAAUUGCUUGAAAAAAGAGUGAAGUCAAGGUUUUCUCAUCGACAGAUCCAUCUUUUCAAUUCGGAGACUUUUGAAGAUUAUUUGCAAGUAGUAAGGUCUGUAUUGACAUUACCAUCAAACUUCAAGGACAGACACUUUGUUCAGACCUGGAGUUCUCAUAUCAAGGAGUUGUUAGAAGACAGGGAAGCCCAAGCUGUUCUAAAACAACAAUUCAGCAUAACAAAAGACAUUAGAAGCUUACACCGUUUGCUGACUAUUCCAGUUUGCAGUCUUUCUCAAGAUCAUCCCUUCAUAGAACCCAAGGACUUGGUUGAUGCACAGACAAAACUUGGUGUUGACUGCAAGGCAGCGAUGUUAUGUGGUAUUUCAGUCUUGGAGCUAUGUCUAAUCAUUGCUAUGAAACAUUUAAUUACAAUAUAUGAUGGAGAGCCUUUCAACUUUGAGAUGGUGUACAAAGAGUAUCAAAAAUUUGCCCAAAAGAAAGGAUUUACUGUUCAGUCUUUUGAAAAACCUGUUGUUUUAAAGGCCUUUGAACACCUAACAGCUUUGGAGUUUGUGAAGUCGAUUGACAGCAUUGCAAAAAAUACUCCUAAAGAAUACCGACUUGUUACCUUGUUAAUUGAUCCAAUACAAAUAAAUGAUGCACUUCAGAGAUACCCAGAUUGUCCAACAGAAGUGAAGCAGUGGGCAAUGAGUGCUAUUGUUUGAGUUGUCAUGUGGGUUACGACAUGAAUUUUAUAAUAUAUUUGCAUAACAGCCCAUGAGAAAGACACAUUAAGUUAUGUGGUGUAAAACGUGAGCUUCUUUUCAGUCACAGAAAUGUUUUCUUGUACUCUUUAUUUUUGUGAUUAUAAAUAAAUGUUACAUCUUAUUUGUAAUUUUGUUUUGAUUUCAUUGUGCUGUCAUACCUAUUAAUCCCGGAAAAGCAUACUUUAGCUUCCUCCUUUCCACCUCCCUGUGACUCAAGGAGAUUUUAUUCCUCUGUUCCCACCACAGAGAUUUUCAAGAUUUACCAGAACUUUGUGGUUCAUUUGACGGCUGGGAAGGAAUUGAUCUGUUACGUAAAUUCAUUUCUGAUGUGCUCAAUGUAAAGCCAAUUUAGCUGAAUUAUAGGAACUCUCCUAGGUAAAACACAUUCGCUAUGAUGAGUUCUGAACAAGCAAUGCCCAGUGGGUCUCUGCCAUUGCUAUAGAGAAAUGUCUUGAUGGAGUUUACAACAGAGAUAUUUGGAUUAAGAACUGCUUAAAGUCCUACCCAGCUAAUGAGCGACUGGGCAGAGCCUUCUAAUUUUGCUGAGGUGAGGUAGAAAAAUCAACCUUGUGCCUCACAAGACAGAAAAUACUAAUCAGCUUGGUAAGUACC